UGCUGAGAAAACCCAGGCGCAUGCAGUGUUUACGAGGCGCUGUCUAUGGUGCUAAAAUCCCUCUGGAACGCACGGGCGUGAUAGAGGGGGUGGUGGACGGGAGCCGCCAACAUACGCGGCAUAUUGACCUCCAAGUCUGCUUCACAUUACUCUUUCCAGCACUGGAACAAGUGGCCGAUGAGUUGAACACUAGUAAUGCUAGCUCUGACCCUGCGCCAGAGAUUGCAAAAAAAAAAAAAAAUCAGCAAGAAAUUCACUUAAACUGCUUGCAGGUGGCCAAUGAGAAGGUUUGUACGCAUCCUCUUUUGAAAUCCACUAUAUCUGACGGCUCUCUUCAUAUUUCAAGGGCAGGAAAAUAAUCGGGACAAAACUGGGAUUUGUUUUUUGAUACACUGGACUUUCAUGCAAGACUGCUGCCUUACCCAAGAUAACCAUGAUACCUUCGGGUAGAGGACCUUUCACUCUUAAGCAGACGAUCUAGUUGAAUCUCCUCUCAUAUUAAGAAAUCCGUGGGCUGCAUGUAGACGUUGAAUCGCCUCUUUCUGGUUCUCGCUCUUUCUCUUCCCCUCUCCACAGUCACACACGCACAGACUCUCUUCCUCCCUCCCUCUUCCUCCCUCUCUAGCACACACUUAUCAAGAUACACACCAAUAGCCACUUUAAAGGGAAAAGUUAGAGAUGAUACCAAUAUGAUCCAUCAUCGCUGUUUGUAAGAGUGCUCAGGUUAACCAAGCAAACGCCAGCUCGAACCUUUACAGAAAUGGAGUCGGUAAAACAAAGGAUUCUGACCCCCGGCAAGGAGGGACUGAAAAAUUUUGCUGGAAAAUCGCUUGGUCAACUCUACAGAGUCCUCGAGAAGAGACAGAAGCCUGGAGACAUCGAGUUGACUGAAGAUGGGAAACCUUUGGACGUCCCGGAGAAGAAAGCACCCGUGUGCGAUUGCACCUGCUUUGGGCUUCCCCGGAGAUACAUCAUUGCCAUCAUGAGUGGACUGGGCUUCUGUAUCUCUUUCGGAAUCCGCUGCAACCUGGGAGUAGCUAUCGUAGACAUGGUCAAUAAUAGCACUAUACACCGAGGAGGGAAAAUCAUCAUCAAAGAGAAAGCGAAGUUUAACUGGGACCCCGAGACAGUCGGCAUGAUCCACGGCUCUUUUUUCUGGGGCUACAUAAUCACGCAGAUCCCUGGGGGCUACAUUGCAUCCCGUCUGGCAGCUAACAGAGUUUUUGGGGCAGCUAUACUCCUGACUUCCACUCUCAACAUGCUAAUACCAUCUGCGGCUCGAGUGCAUUUUGGAUGUGUUAUCUUUGUUAGAAUCUUGCAAGGCCUUGUUGAGGGUGUAACUUAUCCAGCCUGCCAUGGAAUAUGGAGCAAGUGGGCACCUCCUCUAGAGAGAAGUAGACUAGCAACUACAUCUUUCUGUGGUUCCUAUGCAGGUGCAGUUAUUGCAAUGCCUUUGGCUGGGAUAUUAGUGCAAUAUACUGGAUGGUCUUCUGUGUUCUAUGUGUAUGGAAGUUUUGGCAUGGUUUGGUACAUGUUUUGGCUUUUGGUAUCAUAUGAGAGUCCUGCAAAACAUCCUACAAUUACAGAUGAAGAACGCAGAUACAUAGAAGAGAGUAUUGGAGAGAGUGCCAAUCUUUUAGGAGCAAUGGAAAAAUUUAAGACUCCAUGGAGAAAAUUUUUUACUUCUAUGCCUGUCUAUGCAAUAAUUGUUGCAAACUUCUGCAGAAGUUGGACUUUUUACCUGCUGCUCAUUAGUCAACCUGCUUACUUUGAAGAGGUGUUUGGCUUUGAAAUUAGCAAGGUCGGCAUGUUAUCUGCUUUACCACAUUUAGUGAUGACUAUAAUUGUGCCCAUAGGUGGGCAAAUUGCAGACUUUCUAAGGAGCAAGGAAAUUCUUUCAACCACUACUGUCAGAAAGAUAAUGAACUGUGGAGGUUUUGGAAUGGAAGCAACCCUUCUCUUGGUGGUUGGCUAUUCUCAUAGUAAAGGUGUGGCCAUUUCAUUCUUAGUGCUAGCUGUGGGUUUCAGUGGCUUUGCCAUAUCUGGAUUCAAUGUUAAUCAUUUAGAUAUUGCUCCAAGAUAUGCUAGUAUCUUAAUGGGGAUUUCAAAUGGAGUUGGGACACUGUCUGGAAUGGUGUGUCCUAUAAUUGUUGGAGCAAUGACAAAGAAUAAGACACGUGAGGAGUGGCAGUACGUCUUCCUUAUUGCUGCUUUGGUCCAUUAUGGAGGAGUCAUAUUCUAUGGAGUAUUUGCAUCUGGAGAAAAACAGCCAUGGGCAGAUCCAGAACAGACGAGUGAAGAAAAAUGUGGUUUCAUACAUGAAGAUGAACUUGAUGAAGAAACAGGGGACAUCACUCAGAAUUAUGUAAAUUAUGGUACCACUAAAUCUUAUGGUGCUAUGACCCAGGUCAAUGGUGGCUGGCCAAAUGGUUGGGAGAAGAGAGAAGAAUUUGUACAAGAAGAAGUACAAGACUCAUAUAGCUAUAAGGAAGGAGAAGAUUAUUCAUAACAGACCUAUAUUGGAUAUAUUUUGUAGUGUUUGUGAUUUAUUCAUUGUGAUUGUUUGCACAUGCAGAGAGACACACACUCACAAAUGUGGUAUAGACAUGUAAACACAUAUCAAACAGAAGGUCUUACUGUAAAACUUUAAAAACAAUCCAUUAAAGUGCAAUCUGUAUGAGUUUGUGACAUCUCAUCACCUCCAUUUGGAUGUAUCCAUUCUGUAGAGUUUUAAGGGUUUACUGGUCAAAACUACUAGGGGAAAUUGGUUCUUUCAGUAUAUAUGAGCUGAAAGCUCAUAACAAAGGAUUAAAGCACAACUACCAACCAUGUUGGGAAAUCAACUCUUCAGUUUAGAAAGCCAAAAGUACUUGAUUGUUCAGAAAUAAAUAAAUGCACUUACAUAUUUGUUACACUGUAUUGAAAGAGAAAAAAUGAUUGUGUGAAGUUAUCCACAUGUUUACUUGGUACAAUUUAAGAGACGUAUGGUUGUUCUUAGGCAAGAAUUUCUCAUUCUUGCUAUACUAAGGCAGGAAGAUUCUGUUUUAGAUUAUCAUGAAGCCCCAAUUCAGUCCCUUUUCCAAGAGAGCUGAAUCAAGCCUUUGCAGAACAAAUGAAGGAACAGCAUAUGUUUAUUGUGAUUGUAUGCUGCAGGCUACUCUGUGAUAAAGAUGCAAAUUGGUUGUUUAGGCACAAAUAUUUUAUUUCUAUUCUUUACAGACUCAUAUGGUUGUUGUAUGUAUCAUGUUCUUCCUUACAUGUACCAACCAGUAUAAAGUCGUACUAAAUCUGAACUUCCAUACAAAAUGUUCAAACAAACAAAAACAAACAAAAAAGCCAAGCAAGGCAGCAAUGUCUUUGGAAUGUUCAAUAUCUGCAGCAAAUGGCUAGCCAGAAAUCUUCUGGCCCAAACAAAAUCCAAAGAAAAUGAAACUGCAGAAAAGUAGCCCUAGAACAAACAUGGAUGUAUUUUUUUUGGCACCUGUUAGGAGGUAAAUGCAAGAAUCAGGGAAGAAAUUAGCUAUUUGUUGAAUCCUGGGGUAGUUUUUCAUAUUUUCCGAUGCUGUGCCACAAUUAUAUAAAGUCAUAGUUUAUUGAAGAUGCUGUAUAAUUUAAAAAAAUAGUACUAUUUUAAAGAUUUCUGAAUUUAAAAGAUGUAUUUCUCUUUCAAAUAAAUAGAAUUAUAAAGGACACUGAAGAUGAGCAACUAUCUUCCUGGUGAGCCAAAGGUGGCAUCUAAUGUGAAUUGGACUUAGGAAGAGAGUCAUUUCUACUUAUACAGAGCUCAAGUGCAAUUCAGAUCCAUCAAGAUCAAUUGAAAGUUUGCCAUUGGCUUCAGGGGGCUGUGGGCUGUAGUUCUCUGAUAUAGAAAUUCUUUACAGGUCCAGCAUUUGGGUUGCCAACCCCAUUUUAGGAAAUUUCUGGAGAUUUGAGGGUGAUGCCUGGGAAGGGCAGAGUUUGGGAUAGGAUGGGAGCUCAGAGAGAAUUAGAUGUAAAAUCUAAUAUGACAAUUCCUCUACAUGCCCUCUGAAAUUGACUUUUUUUUUCAAGGGAGGUGAUCUCUCUAGUCUGGAGAUCAGUUUGUAAUUCCAGGAGAACUCCAGAUCCCACCCUGAGGUUGGUAACCUUGAGUGCUUCAAUGUGAAUCCUGAACUGGUGCAUAAACAGGCCUCUCAGUUUGUUUCAAGGGAGAAGACAAUUCAGACUGUGCACCCCUUUGCACAUGCAGACCUGCCUUCCCUAUUGAAGUGAGCAGGGAAGUCUAUGGAAGUAGGAAUUUUGUAUUCACGCCAAUGAGCAUGGAGCUCUAGAUUGAGGCCUUGUGUUUUUUAAGCAUUGUUCAACAAGAAUUGUAAUGUUAGUGUACCAAGCAAUAAGUGCAAUGCGCGAUUAAGUGCAUGCUCUUUUAAUCUCUUUGUUACUGUCACUAUUGAACUUAUUCUAGAUCCUUGAGACAGUUGGGAUAGUAAAAAAAUGAAAAAUAAAAACAGACCAGACCAGACCAGUCAACAGGGAACUUCAGCAUAAUACCAGACCACUUAAUGCUCUAACAAGUAUCCAUUUCCCAACUUCUAUGAAACAACUAUCAUUGUAUGUUAAGAAGCCAUUCUGGGUUUUUUGAUCUGCUCCUUGUAUUGUGCUAGUAUUUUAAGGCCCUGCUAUUGCAAUAUACAACUCGAGGAUUGUUUUUAUUUUCUUCCUUUUUAUUUAAAUGAGAAUAAAAUAAAAUGAACCAUAUGUUGAUCUGAAGAAAAAUCAAUGAUAUAUUUUGCUUUGUGCCUCAAAGUGAUGUAAAACGUGAUCAUAGCCUUUGCUGUGAAAAGAUGUGGACUGUGUCACUUUCGUUGCUGCAAAAAAAGUGUUAAUAAAUGCUCUAUUUAUCCUUUUCUAUAUAACAAAA